GGUCAAAGGGUAUAGUAUACUAGAACUGGACCUGGUUGCACUAGAUUUCCGUGAACAGCCACUUAACUGCUUGAUGGUUUACUCUCAUGCACCAGCAACAAACCAAUUAGCACCCACACUAGAUAAAUCAACCCUGGUUCUAUUCGUGUUCCAAAAUCGAAUACCUGGUGGCGAAGAAACAUUUUGUUAUCAAGCACCAAACCAUGCUACUAUCAGAUUUCAGCACAGCACAGUACCAGCGGAUAGCUUGGUUGCAGGUCAGUCCAAUUCAACAACUUUAGUGGUGCACUAG